AUGGCAGACGACAAUAGAGACUGUGUAGUCUGUGGCAAAGAUGAGGCUGCGUCGGUCGCAUCAACUUUCAGCUGGAAUACAUUUCUACUUCGGACAAACAUAUCCAGCCUGACUUGCGCCAAGUUUUCCGAGCAGGAAACCCACUUUCUUCAUGGCCUUGAUGAUGUCAUCCGGGCCGUCAAUGCUCUUGGUGUUCGUCGAUACAGCCAUGAAGAGAUUGCUAGGGAGGAGAAGGUAGGCGAGGGCGCGACCUACUUCGUCGAACGCUGCGUCGUGGCGAAUCAAGUCCUCGCCGUCAAACACCUGAAGACAAACUCUGCAUUAGACGACCAGCCAUCUCACCGGCGGCUGCGCGCAGUAAUUUUGGAGCUUCAGAUCUUGAGACACAGACCCUUACAGAACCACCCCAACUUUCCUUCUGUCUUCGGAUACGACUGGAACAUGAACGGCGGCCAAGUCAUGCCUUACAUCCUCGUCCAGUAUGCCCCGAAAGGAACGCUACGGCAAUAUAUAAAUUCCACAUCGCCGCCAGUCCCACGACAGGAUUUGCAGAUUCUUGCCGGCGACGUGGCAUCAGCCCUCUCUGCUCUUCACACAUGCGGUAUUGUCCAUGGUGAUGUCAAGCUCGACAAUGUCCUUGUGUUCCACUCCUGGGAUCGGCCUGCUGGGGCCCUCGCAAAACUGACCGAUUUCGGUCAUGCCCUGGUUUUUGAACGACAAGUCCAGCAAGCACGAUACAACGCGCCAGAGGUUCAUGAGCAAGAUACCUUUCCUAUCGACCGAGACGCCAUGCCACAGUGCGAUAUCUGGGCGUUCGGCGUGCUUGUCUGGGAGCUCUUCCUCCUGGGAGAAGAUCACCUCUCCUACAGCAGGAGGAGAUGGCCCGAGGUAGAAGCGCGGAUGUCGGAGCAGAGAUUAAAUCCGGCUGAUGUGAGGCGAUAUGCCAUGGCAUCAGUGCCUGGAAAGCCAGAAUAUGUGCUGAUUCGCGCAACCUUGUGUUACACCCUUCAAGAAGAUCCCACAAAGCGAAUUACCAACCUGGAAGACCUCCCGUUACUAACAGAAUGGAAUGAUACUGGUAUAAGUGGUCUCGAGUCAGGACUUGCGCUUCACCUCGAAAGCCCAUCUCCUACGUUUGAAAUGUUUCGGUCUGAAAAUGGCCGUGAAAUUCCCUGGAGACACGAAGAGCAGAUAUUUCAGGCGCUCAAGCGCACACACGCCAACAAGAAUGCCAAGGACAACUCUUUGGUUUCAUGGCAAAUUGCUCUCUGCCACCAUGUCGGCUUCGGUACGCCACGGAGUCCGGCAUCCGCAAGCCAAUAUGCGAAAAUAGCCCAAGAAGAAGGGCACCCGGUCGCGGUAGCUUUUGCUACGCUGAUGGACCUGGACUCUACGGGGCUGUCAGAACCCUACACGACAAAGAUCUCGAAACUUCUUCGGUCAACUAUUUCACCUCAUAGUCUGCCCCCUGUGAUACAGGCUUGCAUUGACGGUGACUCAAAAAUGCUCGAAUCUCUCCUCUCUCAACAGGAAGAUCCGAACUCUUCGACCAUCGAUGGGUCCACAAUGUUCCAUUGGUUCUUCAUGCUGGAGAACCCAGAAGCCAUGGCGAAGAUGUUGAAGUCUAAGUUUGCGGGGCAAGUCCCUCUUCACUCAGACUUACCAUUUUCAUGCCCGAGGAAGGCUCACGAUCAAUGGCCCCUACAAUUACUUGGGACCCCAUUAGGGGCGGCAAUCUCAGUCAACAGUCUACCUGCAGUUAAGGCUUUGAUAAUCCUCGGUGCGGAUCCUUUAUCUUACAUUUACCGCAAAGAGGACUUUCCGGCCGGAGAUCUGAGAGUACAAUGGACAGCACUUCAUAUGGCAGCCAAAUAUCACUGCAGCGAGAUCCUUCUUUAUCUGAUAUCGUUAGUGCCGAAAGAGUCCCUGACAGCCAUUUGCCCUUUAGCAUGUGCUCUGCCUUUCUCGACAUCACUAGAGCGUCUUUCUAUGCAUGGCGCUCAGCGACAAGCGGAGCUCGACAAAACUGUUGCCAUCAUUCGCAAGGUUCAGAGUCUCCAGACGGUUCUUCUGAGCGGCAUGACAGCACUCACGCAGGCCAUUGACUUCCAGGACUAUGACGUGGUUGCUGCGCUUUUGCGUGCUGAGCCCAAGCUUGCGUCACGUCAACUGGCCUCAGUAGAAGACCCAACCGUGUUCAAUCUUCCGAUUCAUCUAGCCGCGCAGCUUGCAGCUAGACGAGACGUUCCUGAAGCCUUGUCCAUAUUGCAAUUAAUCAAUGAACACACCAAAGAUCUCAACCCCCAAACAAAACCAUCUCGCGAUCAUCUCGGCAUGACUCUACUACAUCUCGCCGUCACAGGGCCUUCCAGCCGCGCGACGAGGUGGAUAUUGGAGCAGCGGAUCGGUUUGAUCGAAGUUGAGGACAAUCUGGGGAGAACUGCGUUACAUUGCUGCGCAUCUGAGGCCAAUCUUGAACUUCUUGUCAACAAAGGCAGCGCCGUUAUUCAUACUGAUAAGUAUGGCAUGAGCACUCUCCACAGGGCAUGCCUGCGAGGAGAGCUGGACCUUGUCCGCGGUCUUCUGAAACACAACCAGCCUCUAGAUUUGAGGAACAACAAGUACGGUACCCCCCUUCACUGCGCCAUAAUCAAUGGCUCUAUCGAAGUGGUCAUGGCACUUCUGGAAGCCGGUGCGCCAAUCAACGCGCAAGACAAUAGAGGAAACACCCCGGUUCAUGUCGCUGUUCGCAUGGGAAGAUACGUAAUAUUAAGGAAUCUGCUCCAGAGAGGAGGCUCCCAUUCCAUCCAAAACUUUAAUGGAAGGGAUCCGGAAAAUCUGGCUUCUAUUAUCGGGACUACUCAAAGCAUCGUCGCACUCAGAAUCUUACAGGGCGAUCGGAAACUAAAUUCAGAAGAUUACCUGUUCUCAGAGUCAGCCAAUUUUGGGUUUCUUCCACAUUGCACAUAUACAGAUGAAGCUCUACCUCCGGAGUUUUCUUGUGACACCGACAAUGUCGCCCACGUGGAGCUUUCCGAGGCAAAUGCUUCAAGCCUAGAUGAGGCUCCGCCGCCAGAUUUUUCUUGGGAAACCAAUGAUUUCGCUCAUGAAGAGCUCCCUGAGAGCAAUAGUUCAAAUCUGGAAGAGGCUCCGCCUCCAGACUUUGCCUGGGAUAUCGAUGAGUUCACGCAUGAGGAGCUCGCUGAAAGCGAUACUUCAAGUCUGGAAGAGACUCUGCGUCCGGAAUUCGCCUGGGACACCGGCGAUGUCGCCUACGAAGAGCCCCUUGAAAACAAUACUUUGUGCAUGGAUGAGGUUCCGCCUCCAGACUUUGCCUGGAAUCUUAACGAUGUUGCUUACGAGACUUUACCCGAAAGCAAUACUUCAAAUCUGGAUGAGAUCGGCACAAUGAGAAAUGAAGAGCUGCCUACAUUUCCCGAUGUCAGGAAGGAGAAGAAGAAGCUUCUUGAAAAGCUUACGAAUGCCAUAGUCAAGGAUAUACCCUACUCCCAAAGAAGAUUUUUUGGGAGCGUUACUACCAUCAGAUUGCAUGCUCAGAUCAUUCCUUAUCUUGAUGACUCCAUCUGGAAAGAUAACGAACUGUCUGCUGUCCCUAUUGGAAAAAUUCUGGCCGGGACUGUCCUUGGCAUCUGUAGAAUUAUGGGAAUGGACGUGGACGAUUUUAUGAAAAUAGAAUUGGACGAUUCUAUGGAUAUGGAUAUGGAAGAUUCUAUGGAUAUGGAUUUGGACGAUGAGCAGCCAAUCUCCUCUUCUUCAUCUCGGAAAGGCUUUCGUAUCGACAAGUUUGGGAAAUGGCUUAAUGAUGGUCGAUGGCCAAUGGCGUUUUCGUCUUCGAAAGGCAUUGGUAUCGACAAAACUACGAAAAUGCUCAACGACUAUCGGCGGCCAAUGACCUUUUUUCCGUCUCGGAUAAGUGAACAAGACGUAGUAACAAAGCCUGAACAAAAGGCUAUCGAAUGA